AUGAGGCCAGUGCGCCGCCGGCCGCGUCGCAGCGCCCCGCGCCCUAUGGCGGCCCCGCCGUGGGACCCCCUGCGCAAUGACUCGCUGCCGCCCACGCUGACCCCGGCCGUACCCCCCUACGUGAAGCUCGGCCUUACCAUCGUCUACACCGUGUUCUACUCCCUGCUUUUCUUGUUUAUCUACGUGCAGCUCUGGCUGGUGCUGCGCUACCGCCACAAGCGGCUCAGCUACCAGAGCGUCUUCCUCUUCCUCUGCCUCUUCUGGGCCUCCCUGCGGACCGUCCUUUUCUCUUUCUACUUCAAAGACUUCGUGGCGGCCAAUUCGCUCAGCCCCUUCGUCUUCUGGCUGCUCUACUGCUUCCCCGUGUGCCUCCAGUUCUUCACCCUGACGCUGAUGAACUUAUACUUCACGCAGGUGAUUUUCAAAGCAAAGUCAAAAUAUUCCCCAGAAUUACUCAAAUACCGACUGCCGCUCUACCUGGCGUCACUCUUUGUCAGCCUCGUGUUCCUGCUGGUGAACUUGACCUGUGCGGUGCUAGUGAAGACGGGGACCUGGGAGAGGAAGGCCAUUGUCUCAGUGCGUGUGGCCAUCAAUGACACACUCUUCGUGCUGUGUGCCGUCUCUCUCUCACUCUGUCUCUACAAAAUUUCCAAGAUGUCUUUAGCCAACAUUUACCUGGAGUCUAAGGGCUCCUCCGUGUGUCAAGUCACUGCCAUUGGUGUGACCGUCAUCCUGCUGUAUACGUCUCGAGCCUGCUACAACCUGUUCAUCUUAUCAUUUUCUCAGAACAAGAAUGUCCAUUCCUUUGACUACGACUGGUACAACGUAUCAGACCAGGCAGAUUUGAAGAAUCAGCUGGGAGAUGCCGGAUAUGUUGUAUUUGGAGUGGUCCUGUUUGUGUGGGAACUUUUACCUACUACCUUAGUAGUUUAUUUCUUCCGAGUUAGAAAUCCUAUAAAGGACCUUACUAACCCUGGAAUGGUUCCCAGCCAUGGAUUCAGUCCCAGAUCUUACUUCUUUGACAACCCUCGAAGAUAUGACAGUGAUGAUGACCUUGCCUGGAACAUUGCCCCUCAGGGACUUCAGGGAAGUUUUGCUCCGGACUAUUAUGAUUGGGGACAACAAACUAACAGCUUCACGGCACAAGUAGGAACUUUGCCACAAGACUCAACUUUGGAUCCUGACAAACCAAGCCAUGAGUAGCAUCAGUUCUCAGUAUUAUGGAAGAUUUCUCAGUUGAAAAGCUUCAGAAAGACAAACUUAAUGACAGUUGAACUCUUAAGGCACUUUUCGUAAAGAAAUAGGACUUGAUUUUUAUUUGUUAUAGGUUUCUAGUGGCUCCACAGGACUAAGCAAUAAUUUAGACUUAUAAGACCUUAUUUUAGUACUAAAAAGUGAGCCUGGCUAUUUCAGUGGGCAUAAUUUAAACUUUUUUUUUUUAACUGUACUUUUAUAAAGAUGGAUUUUAUAUAACUUAAAUAAUAAUGCUAAAGUAUACUAGGGUUUUUUCCUGAGAAUGUUAUUGCAAUAUAUGUUUUAGUUUGCACAAACUUUUAUGCAUAAUUCACUUUAAAACAAUACAAUAUACAGUCUAAUAGUUUUUUUAAAGGCUUUUAGACUGCAGUGUUCCUCAAAUCCUUACCUCUUCCGGUCAUUCACAUUCUGAGCUCUACAUUGGUAGAUUCCUAAAAUAUAACUGACAUCUGUAGAGCUAAUUGCAACUCCAGUACUGAAUGUUAAAAUGUAAUGGAAUAUUGGUGGACCAUAAGGUAACUGGAAACCCUGGGGGUGUAGUGGUUAAGUGCUAUGGCUGCUAACCAAGAGGUUGUAGUUUGAAUCCACCAGGCACUCCUUGGAAACUCUUAUCAGGCAGUUCUACUCUGUCCUAUAGGGUCGCUGUGAGUCAGAAUCGACUCAACAGCAGUGGGCUUGGUUUUGGUUUAUAAGGUAACUGGGAGUCCCUGGGUGGUGCAAAUGGUUAAGUGCUAGAUUGCUAGCCUAAAGGUUGGCAGUUUGAACCCACCCAGAGGUGCCUUGGAAGACAGGUUUGGCUGUCUGCUUUUGAAAGGUCACAACCCUGAAAACCCUAUGGAGCUGUUCUACUCUGUACACAUGCGGUUGCCACGAGUCAGAAUUGAUUCAACCUCAACAACAAGAUAGAUGGCUCCGUAGAGCUUUUUUAAGGCUCAGGUGAUUGGUCCUCAAAGAAUCUCUUACAUUUUGCCAAAAGUUUGGUAGUUCCUUCCAGUAGGGCACUAAUAUAUACAAUUUAAGGAUAAGUUGAUAAUGUAUAUAGAGCUGACUUACACUAUUAAACCCCAUAAAGAGCCCUGGUGGCACAGUGAUUGAAGUGGUUGGCUGCUAAAAACCAAAAGGUCAGCAGUUUGAACCCACCAGCUGCUCUGCAGGAGAAAGAUGUGGCAGUCUGCUUCCGUAAAGAUUUACAUCCUUGAAAACCAUAUAGGGUCACUAUGAGUUGGAAUCUACUCAGUGGCAGUUGGUCUGCUAUAUUAAUGGAGAUUGCAUAAUUUUCAGCCCAAUGAAAUCCAUUAACUCAGGACUACAGCUAGCUGAAUUUUCAUUACAUUCAAGGUAAAAAGAGAUUCCAAAAGGGAGACUAAUAAUAAAUACCCCGGCCCUUGAGCAGAAUGAUUAUGUGGAAUCCUGUUUUUUCUCUAAUUUUCAGCCAUAUUGAAAAGAGUGCCUUUUAUCUUUAAAUAACUUUAAAAGCAGAGUUAUUUAAACUACAUGUUUAAGAUGGGCGUAGCAUCACAGCAUCCUAUAGGAUAAUGCCCGUCUUUUAUCCAUGUUAAAGGGCACAUUCCAGACAAUUGCUUUAUAAGUUGUUUUUCAUUUAAGUGAAAAACUUGUCAUGAAAUGCUAUUUCCCCAACCAGAAGUGCUGUUCUAAAACCUCCACUACAUAUAUUCUGCAGCCAUAAAACAGCCUAUAAUGGGAGACAGUGGUACAUGGCUUUGUCAGAGAGGUUAAAUGCCCUGAUUUUCUACAAAACAGAUGUAAGGUACUAGAGGAGGGACUGUUACCAGAGAGAAAGUGCCAUCUCGCUCUCCCUGAGAAAUCUCAAAUCUCAGGACAGAGAGGGGGCAAAUGAAAAGGAACUUCCAUUAAGAAGUCCUACCUACAUGGUAAAACCUAUUUCAAAUGACUAAUUUUCCCAUUUUGGUCUUCAUGAAUAGUUUAUCUCUUGCUGCCGCCUUCACAAAGAUCAAGUCUAUUUAUAUUAUUUCAUGGUAUUUAAAAUUGGGAUAUCAAGUUGUAAAUGGGCCAUGAUUGGGUUUUUCAUUUGUAUAGAAUAUGUUUACUCUGCAUAAUCCACAUAACAACAUUCUUGCCUUUCAAUCUGUGGAAGAAUUUGGGUCACAUAUUUAAAAUAGUUAAUGUGUCAGGGAAAAUUCCACACUGAUGCAAAAUCUGCACUUAUUAUUCAGGUUGCCUUAAAAUAAUAAAAUAUUACAAGUUGUUAUUCUAAAAAGCUUUAGGAACACCCUAUUAUGGCCAUACUGUCUUUGUUACUAAUACUUAAGAGAGUUUAGAAGCAGACUCAGCAUGCGCUUAAUAUAUGUAGUUAAAAAAAAAAUCCUUUAAAUCAUGCCUGUAGAAAGUCCUGCAAAUCCUCACUAGGUCAGCUAAAGACAGAUAUGUCCCUGGUGGUGUAGUGGUUAAGAGUUAUGGCUGCUAACCAAAAAUUCGGCAGUUCGAAUCCACCAGGCACUCCUUGGAAACCCUAUGGGGCAGUCCUACUCUGUCCUGUAGGGUCACUAUGAGUCGGAAUUGACUCGACAGCAACAGAGGGAUAGAUAUAUAUUUUUGUUACUGGUUAAGUGCUCAGCUGCUAACUGAAAGGUUAGCGGUUCAAACCUACCAGCGGCUCCACAGGAGAAAGACGUGGCAGUCUGCUUGCAUAAAGAUUACAGUCUUGGAAGUCCUAUGGAGCAGUUCCACCCUGUCCUAUAAGGUCAAUACGAGUCGGAAUCAAUUGGAUAGCGACUGGUUUGGUUUGGUUUUUGAUAAAAAAUAUCAAUAAAAUCAUGCAAUUAUAUUCAUUCUAUGAUAUACAAACACUGUUUAUAAUUAUUACUGGCAGGAAAAUUUGAAAUAGCCAGCAUUAACUGAUGAAUGCCACAAUCCACUUUUAUGAUAAAGCUGCUAGUAUUUAUUUGAACAACAUUUUUUGUUGGAGAGGAUUUUAAAAAUGUUGUAAGUGCCUAUUUUUCUCUUUGCCCCACUUUAAAACAAGUGCUAAAACUAAGUGUUGUAGACUUAUCCUAGAAUAUAAAAAAACUAUGUAUGUAUCAAAUUAACUUUCUCUCUUAAUACAUGAUCUACCCUGUGAAAUGUUGGAGGAACUGUGCGGGAAGAAAAAUCAAAAUUUCCUCUAGCUUCCUAAUUGAUAUGUGCCAAGUACACUAGUGAAGCUAGUCCUGAUGUAAACUAUUAAAUGCUGAGAGAGAGAAUAGAAUGGUGAUUACUCGUUCUAAAAUAUCUCAGUAACCUCUAGUUCUUAAAGCAUACAAUUUGAAAGUGAAAAUUGUAUGGGGAAUAUCACUGAAAGUUUGGUACUAUUAUUUAAGUCUAAUGUCAUGCCAAAAGGUUGCGUGUGUUUCUGUUUAACCCAUGGAAAUAUGCAUACUAGGUCUCUAUCUCUGCAGUUAGUGUCUAGGACUUCCAACUGAUUUGUGUACAUAUCUUUCACUGGGUCUUUUUCCUUUUUACAAUCAACCUGUUUAAUUGAGCCAAUGAUUAAAACAUCUGGAGUGUGUUACACGUCAAA